UUGUGGACGAGCAAGAAUUUGGUAAAGGGAGCUAUCAAUUGCCACGUUUACAUGGAGCCAAAUAUUCCAAUUACAAUCGGUUUAGAUGUUCAAACCGAAUAAAUGUGUUCCAUAUGAACACCUCAUUCGGAAUGAACAGGCCCAAACCGAAUGGAAUUUCAUUCCGAUUCACAGGGGUGGAAUAUUCCUUUUCCCAAACCGAUUAGAAGUAAAAUUAUAUCAUGUAAACAGGGAAGCGGAAUGGUGUCUAGUUGCGUUCUUUCUGCACAUGCUCCGUACUGACGUGGUGACGUCACUUGGUGACGUAAGUAACGUCACUUGCAACAUGGCUUCCAAGCACACGCACACGGCGGAAAGUUUAUAUCCAUGAAUCCAUCCACCAGCCCACACAACUUUUUAAAUGAACGGCGUGUCAUUCUGAAAUUUUGUUUCCACUCGAAAAGUUAAAACAGCAGCUGAUCUGACGAUCGAUCUCCAUGUUUUGCAACGUGCCGCUUUGUUUUGAUUAAUCUGCGCAUGUCAGACGGCAGUUGUCAAACGUCCUUUCGGAAUAAAGGCAGACACAUGUAAACGCUGGAUCGGAAUAGAUGAAGUGACAUGUAAACAGCUGAUCUGAAAUUUCCAUUCGGAAUGAUUUGAAUCGGUAUGAAUAAAAGUCAGCAUGUAAACGUGGCUAUUAUCAACAUUAAAUAUGAUAACAACGACCUUCCACAACACUAAGCCAUGUUCUGAUUGGCUGUUAAUGGAACUGUUUCGCAAUGAUGGCAAACGGACAGCUGUCAAGGGCUGAUGCAUUGGCCUGCUCCGAUUGCAGACACGCAUGUCAUGUGAUGCUCUACUCUGACACGAAAAGUCAGCUUUUUGGUAGAACUCCCAUCAAACAUAUCAUACUGAUGCAGAUGCGCUUUGACGGUCUGCUUGGUUUUCCUGGCGGGUUUGUUAACCAAGAACAGGAGAGCCUGGAGGAGGGACUUUUUAGGGAAUUGCAGGAGGAGUUGGGUGUGGCUGUUUCUUUAUCUGAAGAGGAUCAUGUGGAUGCUCGCCAUGCCCCUGGAACCUCCCCUUCAUCCCCCCGUCUCAUCACUCACUUCUAUGUGAAGAAACUGAAGGAGGAGCAGAUUAGGGAGGUGGAGCAAGCGUCUGCAUCCACAGCAAAAGAUCAUGGCCAGGAGGUUCUGGGGCUGGUCCGAGUCCCACUCUACACCACUAAAGGUGGGGGUGGGCUCUCAUCAUUCCUGUCACAUGCAUUCAUCGGAAAUGCUCGCACCCAGCUGAUCAACUCUCUGCUGCGCUUCAACCUGCUUUCACCCGAAGAUCUGAACAAAGCUCUCAAGCACUCACUGAAAACGCAUGCAAAUGGUGCAGUGGACCUGAAAGCAGCACUUGCGUUGACCGAGGCCAAGAAGGAUCAGUCUUGAAUCGCGGUUACUCCAGCACACACAUGCAGUCAAAAUAUUGAUUAACAGUAGUGAAAGUUUAUCCAUCCACACCAAACUCCUAUAAUCAUGCUGGAACACAAAUGGGUCGCUCCUGAAUUGUUCUACACAGGAAGCAUAUAGCUGUAGACCGAUAAAUUUGAAGCCUUCAGUAUUUUUAAUCAAGAAGUGAAAAUCCUUUACAGUAUUAAAAAGAUCCACUAAACAGAAUAAAAUGUUUUUUGCUGUUUAUUAUUUGGGUAGUAAUAGUUUACAGCUAACAAAAACCUGAAAUUCACCAUCUUGAGAAAUCAAAAUGGUACGUAACAACAAUCAAAAAUGAUUAUCAUUUAGAAAUUGCCCUUUGUAUGUAUUUUUGCAAUAUAUGAAUGAAUUUAUAGAGAAUGAGUUUCUCUUUUUGAACUGAACUACAGAAAUUAAUGAACUUUUCCACACGUAAUAAUUGUCCAAAUGUCUUGAUUAAAUGUAAUAAAAUUAAAUCUUAUGGAAUAUAGGAAACCCCCUAAAUCAUUUCAUCAAUGGAUCGUGAUUUGUGCAUCUAGAGAAUAGUAUGUACGCAUAUUUCUCCAAAGAACAUCUGAAUAUGGUUGUGUUGGAUUCGGUUUCAAGUCUGUUCUCCUGUACCUAGUAUUUCCCUUAAAAAAUAAAAC